UAUUCACAGAUCUUACAGUAAAUCUCAAUUAGAGAACUGGAAAAAUGUACACUACUAGUCUACUAGUCCGACAACCGUGCCAAGCAGCGUCUCCACCGCUAAAAACCCAUCCUCUCCACCUUCGACGUCCAAAACUAACGUUACAUUGUUCAACUCCUUCAGGUACAAAGACCUCAGUCGCCAAUUGCUUAUGUCUUGGACUCACAGCAUCCAGCGCUACUCUGCCUCCAUCAAGCAGGGCCUCCAGAUGGUCCCUUGGGGGCAUGACUGCUCUAGUCACCGGUGGCACCAGGGGCAUCGGGCAUGCUAUUGUGGAGGAAUUGGCUGGGCUUGGAGCCACCGUGCAUACGUGUGCCUGCAACGACGCUGAGCUCUGCAGCUGUUUGAAGAAAUGGAAAGAUGGUGAGGAGUCUUUUCAGGUCACUGGGUCAGUUUGCGAUGUGUCAUCUAGAGCCGAUCGUCAGAGGUUAGGGGAUACUGUUUCGUCCUUGUUCAAUGCGAAGCUCAACAUUCUUGUAAAUAAUGUUGGCACCAAUAUCCGAAAACCUAUUGUUGAUAUCACGGCAGUAGAAUUCUCUGCUCUGGUCACAACGAAUUUUGAAUCUGUUUUCCACUGGUGCCAACUGGCAUAUCCCCUUCUGAAAGCAUCAGGAUCAGGAAGUGUUGUGUUUACAUCUUCUGUCUCUGGUUUUGUGUCCUUGAAGUCCAUGUCUGUUCAAGGAGCCACCAAAGGAGCAAUUAAUCAACUGACAAGAAGUUUAGCAUGUGAGUGGGCAAAUGACAACAUCAGGAGCAAUGCAGUCGCACUGUGGUACAUCAAGACCUCAAUGGUGGAGCAAGUGUUGAGUAACAGAGAAUAUCUUGAAGAAGUAUAUGAUCGAACUCCACUCCACCGUCUUGGAGAUCCGGCUGAGGUCUCAUCUCUUGUUGCAUUCCUCUGUCUACCAGCAUCAUCGAAUAUUACUGGCCAGAUAAUAUGCGUCGAUGGAGGGAUGUCCGUGAAUGGCUUCUGCCCUCGUCCGUACUACUCAAAUACAAAAUCUAUCGACCGAAUAGGAUAUGAGAUUGAUGAACAUUUUGCAGAUUUUUGCAAUCUAGAUAUAGAUAGAAGUGCCAUGGAUUCAAACUUUGUCAUUGACAAAAUUGCCUCUAGAACCAUCAGCCUUUGGGCUGGUGGUCACCACCAAUGCAUUAAGGUUAAUUUUGGUGAUCAUAUGUCUGAAAUUCAGCCAUUUGAAACAGCAUCUCUACCGGUAAAUAAUGUUGGCACCAAUAUCCGAAAACCUAUUGUUGAUAUCACGGCAGUAGAAUUCUCUGCUCUGGUCACAACGAAUUUUGAAUCUGUUUUCCACUGGUGCCAACUGGCAUAUCCCCUUCUGAAAGCAUCAGGAUCAGGAAGUGUUGUGUUUACAUCUUCUGUCUCUGGUUUUGUGUCCUUGAAGUCCAUGUCUGUUCAAGGAGCCACCAAAGGAGCAAUUAAUCAACUGACAAGAAGUUUAGCAUGUGAGUGGGCAAAUGACAACAUCAGGAGCAAUGCAGUCGCACUGUGGUACAUCAAGACCUCAAUGGUGGAGCAAGUGUUGAGUAACAGAGAAUAUCUUGAAGAAGUAUAUGAUCGAACUCCACUCCACCGUCUUGGAGAUCCGGCUGAGGUCUCAUCUCUUGUUGCAUUCCUCUGUCUACCAGCAUCAUCGAAUAUUACUGGCCAGAUAAUAUGCGUCGAUGGAGGGAUGUCCGUGAAUGGCUUCUGCCCUCGUCCGUACUAGCAACUUGCCACUUUUCUUGUUUGUCGUUAUAGGGUAAUCAGUACAUAUUGCCAUCUCACAUCUAUGUUGGAACUACCAUGGAUUCGCUCUGGAUCGUUCUUCCUUUUUAGUAGCUGUAUUUGUUGGAUGAGUUUAGACAAUAGUCAUGCACUCGAAAUACGGACUCUUGGUUUAGACAUUAACAUGCUCUUUUUGCUUAUUCACUGCCAUUCCAAAUAACAGAUUAACUGCUAAACUUGUUUAUCAUGCACAAUUAGAUUUGUGAUAGGCAUAUUGCUAGGUAGCCGAGACUGCUGUGAACAGCCUUGUGACCUUAUUGGUCAGAUAACAUAAUUCCUGCUUCUUCU